CGGAAGUGCGAGGGAGAGGACAGCCACGUGGGUCGAGCUGCAGCGCAGCUCGCAUGGGGGAGUCUAUUCCGCUGGCCGCCCCGGUCCCCGUGGAACAGGCGGUGCUGGAGACGUUUUUCUCUCACCUGGGUAUCUUCUCUUACGACAAGGCCAAGGACAAUGUGGAGAAGGAACGGGAGGCCAACAAGAGCGCGGGGGGCAGCUGGCUGUCGCUGUUGGCGGCCUUGGCGCACCUGGCCGCGGCCGAGAAGGUCUAUCACAGCCUCACCUACCUGGGGCAGAAACUAGGGGGCCAGUCUUUCUUCAGUCGGAAGGAUUCCAUCCGCACCAUCUAUACUUCCCUACAUAAUGAGCUGAAGAAGGUGGUGACUGGCCGUGGGGCCCUAGGUGGGACUGCACCUCAUGUGGAAGAACUCCUGUCCCAUCUGUCAGAGCAGCUCUGCUUCUUCGUUCAGGCUCGGAUGGAGAUUGCAGACUUCUAUGAGAAGAUGUACACACUUAGCACACAGAAAUUCAUCAACGCUGAAGAGCUUGUUGGCCUUUUGGACACCAUCCUCAAGAAAUACAGCUCCAGGUUUCACCACCCAAUCCUCAGCCCUUUGGAGAGCAGUUUCCAGCUGGAAGUCGAUGUCCUGAGUCAUCUCCUGAAGGCCCAGGCCCAGGUCUCAGAGUGGAAGUUCCUCCCAUCUCUGGUUAACUUGCACAGUGCUCACACUAAGCUUCAGACUUGGGGCCAGAUCUUUGAAAAGCAGCGGGAGACGAAGAAACAUCUGUUUGGAGGGCAGUCUCAGAAGGCUGUUCAGCCCCCACACCUUUUCCUUUGGCUGAUGAAACUCAAAAACAUGCUCCUGGCCAAGUUUAGUUUUUACUUUCAUGAGGCACUGAGCCGGCAAACGACAGCUUCAGAAAUGAAAGCAUUGACUGCAAAAGCUAACCCAGACCUGUUUGGAAAGAUUUGCAGCUUCAUCAGGAAAUAUGAUGCUGCCAACGUGUCCUUAAUUUUUGACAACCGAGGUUCAGAGAGCUUUCAGGGUCAUGGCUACCACCACCCCCAUUCCUACAGGGAGGCCCCUAAGGGUGUGGACCAGUAUCCAGCCGUGGUGUCUCUGCCCAGUGACAGGCCAGUCAUGCACUGGCCCAAUGUCAUCAUGAUCAUGACAGACCGGACAACAGACCUGAACAGCUUGGAGAAAGUGGUUCAUUUCUAUGAUGACAAAGUUCAGAGUACCUACUUCCUUACCCGCCCAGAACCUCACUUUACCAUUGUUGUCAUUUUUGAGUCAAAAAAAUCUGAACGAGACUCCCACUUUAUUUCCUUCCUCAAUGAGCUCUCACUUGCCCUUAAGAACCCCAAAGUUUUUGCAAGUCUGAAACCUGGAUCCAAAGGUUAGCCAGUGAUUUGUGUAAGAGAUUUUUAAGACUGGAAUUUGUGUUCUUAAUUGCUCUGAUGAUCUGCAGUGGUAUGUGGCUAGAAUUUACGUCCAUUCAUGCUUCUUUCAGAGCAGUAUUAAAGACAAAUCCUCUCUAAUUGUGUUGUACACUUUGUAAGCAAUUAAGACCAGUUGAAUUAAGUAUCCAAAGAGUAAUCUGGGAAGUGAUCAUGGACUGCUGUGUAUCUCCAUGGUUCAGCAAAGUCGUUCCAGUAUUUUCUCCUGUAUUUUUCCUCUAUUUUAUGUGGACUGAACAUUUUCUGUCAUUGCAAUUAAAGGUGAAUCAGAUUGGUAGCGUAAUGUCAGCUUUUAACAGUUCAGAUGAUCCUCAUGGCAACUCUAAUGGCCAUUGGUUCUUUUGGAGUGAUUUAUAUGUCAAACUGCAUUUGUUUUUGCCUUUUUAAAGUUUGAAGUUUUCACUGUUUUAAAGUCAGCGUAAGCCAUCGUGGGGUUUCUUCUUCGUACUAUCUCUUUGACUGUUAUCACUUUUUUGCUGAAAUCUAUGUUCAUCUUUGGCUCCACUCCCUGGUUAUUUUUAGGCUCAGAAAGUAUCAGUGUUGGUUUUUCAACCACUUUAGCUUCUCAUACAAUGUGCCCUGCUUUUAUAAAAUCAAAAUGAAGGUCUUGAUGCCUUGCAUUUGCUAAAAAUCAAUUGUGCUUUCAGAAGACCUCUUCAUAGUUGAGUAAUUAACUGAGUACUUAGCACAUCUGAACUUGGGUUUCAUGUCUGCCUUCUGCAAAUUAUGUUUAGUAGCAGUGCUACAUCUUAGCACUGUCUGCCUCAUCAUUUUCCUUCAGUAGGUGUUCAUGGAGAAGUCAGUGGAAUAGUAAAGGCAUAAUGGACUCUAAAAUCCUUCAUUUCCGUUACUGUUUCAGAGUAAAAAGGAACCAGAAAGAAUAACCAAGUUGUUACUACUUGGUAGUUCUUUCAAAGUUUGUGUAAAAUGUUACAGCCAGCUGAGUGCUGUUUCUCAUGAUUAUGCAGACCCACUGUUGCACUGGGUGUCCAAGGAGGACACACCAGCAACAUCAGCAGAGCCAGGGAGCCUCCAAGUCAGUGGGAGGACUGCCCACCUAGUCUGGAUUUCCUGGUAGAAGAACACACCCGCCUACUUUCUGGAGAGAAUAUGUGUUUUUCUUUAUUUCUCUCUCAUCAUAUGAUUUGUAAAAAGCCAGUUUGCUUUAAAUAGAAUGUAGUGAUUUAUCUCUGCAUUUUAUUCACUCAGGUUCUAUAAAAAUAUGAACAGAUUUUACAACAUUGACCUUACUUAAAAAAUUGAAAACAGUUGGAACUAAAGAGUCAAAUCAUUUUUCUUCUUUUUUGUACUUUGCCAAGGAACUGAAAAAUAUUCCUCAGUGUUUGUGUAUUUUUUUCCCCUGGAUAAAACCACCAUUAGCCUUAAUGAUAGGGCUCUCCCAUGUACCUAAAAUAAUAUGUGCUUCAGUGGAACACAGAGGGGUGUAAAUAAAACAUAUGUGACACUUAAGCUGUCAAAUGCAUACAUAUUUGAAUUGUAUGUUUAUUUUUUAAACAAAAAAGAAUUUACAAGGAACAGAAGGCAGAUGUAAAUAUUAAAAUCUAAGACAAUUCAUGAAUCACUGCAGCUGUCAUAGACUGUACUGAGGGAUUCUGAAGAUUAAAUAUUGAUAUUCUAAUGAUUUCUUAAACCCUCCAAAAAAGUUUUCAUAUUAAAAAACAUUUUGGUUUAAGUGAA